CUCACAGAUUCUAAUCUAAUCGUUGACUAAACCUAGCAUUUCGUGUGUUUGUGUGUGUGUGUGCGUGUAGCCUAUAUAUCAUUGUUAUUAUUGCCUCAACGGCUAGUUUUUGUAGCAAACUACAUUAACCAUGAACCCUUGCUGCCGGCUCUAAAUGUUACUGGAAAAGGAAUGGAUUUAUCAGCAUCUCUGCUGCUCUGCUCUUAAACUUCACAUUUAUGUUCACCUUUAGCAUACGAAUACAUCAACACCGAUUAACACGUAGAUAUUGAAAUUAAGACUGUGGAUUGUGAGCGAUUCUUCAUUGAGUUUUAUUCUCAGGCUGACAGAUGGCAUGAAACAGAUGGGCGGAAAAUAGGACACGCAAAUACAACGAGACGAAGGCGUCUGUGCUUAUCGAGAGACGCAUAAGCACCGGGGAAUAAUGGUGGAUAACCGGCACGCCACAGCUCUGGUCAUCGCCGGGGUUUUAAGCGUCCUGGCGUCCGUUUAUCUGUCGGUGUCGGUCGGCUCGCCGCACUGGUACCGGUACACGAGCCCGUCGGUGCGCGCGGAGCCCAACGCCACGGAGCUGCGCGCGCUGCAGGACGAGUUCCUGGAAGGAGAGUUUGACGAGAAGACGGUAAGCGACGCGCUGUUUCGCAUGAACGGGACGCUCGGACUGUGGUGGCGAUGCAUCCAGACGCCCGUUGACGCGCACUGGUACAGAGAGCCCGAUCCAAAGAUGGUGAUGGAGUGUGUGAGUUUUACUCUCUCGCAGCAGUUCACUCCGAAAUAUAAAGAGCCCGGAAAUCACAACAGUGGAGAAGAUCUGAUACGAUCCUAUCUGUGGCGCUAUCAGCUCCUGCUGCCGCUGGUCUCUCUGGGUCUGGUGGUUCUUGGUGGUUUGCUGGGGUUCUGCGCGUGUCUGUGUGGCAGUCUGACCCCGGCGCUCUUCAUCGGGCUUCUACAUCUGCUCGCAGGCCUAUGUUCUCUGGCGACAGUGUGCUGUUUUCUGGCCGGGAUGGACCUUCUGCACCGUGUGUCUGUGUUGCCGGAUCAUGUGGACGGCACGCUGGGCUGGUCUCUGUAUCUAGCGCUCAUCGCGUCUCCGCUGCACAUGAUGGCCGCGGCGCUGUUGGUGUGGGCGGCUCGCAGCCACAGUCAGAGCUACUACCGCAUGACUGUGUACAGAGUCGCUUGAACUAUCAGAGCCACCCAAAUAGAAAAAGUGAACAGUGACACUAAAUCUGUUGUACAUAAAUACAUAAAUGUGGUCUGUAUGUAAAGAAAGCAACAACUGCUAGUCAGAAAAACUGUCUUGUUUUGAGAAUGUCUGAUGCAGUUGUUUUUUUUGCAUGUUUUUGGAUUGAUUUUUCUGAUGGCGAAUAAUCAACUGAGGAUGUCAUGACAGAUUUUUUUAUUUAAUAAAUAGCAUUUGGACAGAUUUGUAAAAAAAAAAAAAAUAGACAUUUUUAGUAAAUUAAGUUCUUAACAUUAUCCUCUAGCUGGCAAGUAAUUGUUUUUCACGGGACGUCCCAUGUUAGGAGAGUGCUUUGGAGCCUGUUGCAGGUGUAGAGUGACUGUCGCUGAUGUUUUUAUGCAUAACUAAUUGUGUGUAACUGAUAAAUAAACAGCAACAGAACUCAAACCCAAGACCUGAAGAGUGAUCGUUUUAUAGUUUAAUACUGAUAAACUUUCACUCAGCAUUUGUGGCGCAUGCAGUCUGUGAUUACAGAUUUACACUGUAUUAGAAAUGUCAAACAGCUUGACUUCUUGUGAUUUAGCUUUAGUGAAGUAGCACAAACAGCCAGUAGUCUUAGUGUGCUGCUUUAAAUGUAUUAAUGUUAUUUAUUACUAGAAUUCAUAUUUAUAUAUUUAUUUCUGUACAGUACAUUUAUCUUUGGAAAUUGCUGGCAAGCUACAUGUGUGAGGAUGUGUCUGUGCUUGUUGAUGUUGAUUCUGGUUCAUUAAUCACACUAGAAAUGAAAGGUCACUUGGGGUGCACUGCAUUAUGGGAUACAAUAUCUCAGGCAGUGCUCAAUUGUGUAACUGCACAUGUUGGUCAGUGUAGUUGGUGAUCUGGGUUUCCAUGCUUAUAAACACAUCAUCUUUACACUAUUUACAUCGUGGACAAAUAUUUUUUUUCUUCAGAAUAUCUGAUAGUUGGCUGUUUUUUAGACAUGUGGUGUUCCCUGGAAUCAGUAAUAAACUCGUCAUGAGCUCAUGUUCAUGCUUGUGUUUCUUCAUCUCUGUGUCUCUGAGAAGACAGAAGGAAUCUUAAUUAAGAUAAUUAAGACUAUAUCUAAUCAGAGGUCGUGACAAUUACUAUAGAACCAAGUUGACCAACUCAAUUUCCUCUAAUGUAACUUUAUAUAAUCAUGCCGUGUUUUCUCAUGUACACUUAAUUAGAAUAAUAUUGUAUAAAUAGUGAUUAAUAGUAGUAAUUUAAAGUGUAGCUUUGUUCUGAAUGUAACACUCGUGGUCUCCAGAGCCUCUGUGAGUCCUGCUGUUGCUUUCAGUGAAUGAGAAAUAUUUUUUUUCUAUAUGGUAUUCGUAGUGAAAUCAUUAGGAUUUCUGAGAUGUUCCUAUAUUUAGUUGUUUUGUUUUUUCGUUUUUCCUUAGCAGGGAUUGUUUGGGAGUUUAGAGACUGAAUCUAAUGGAAAUGAGUGUCAUUCUGAUGUUGUCCGGCAGGUGGCAGACGGACAUGUUUAUCACAUGUAUCACAUGUUUUUUUAUUGAAAACAUGCCAGUUUUAUGAUUAAAAAAUGUCUUCUGCU